AUGGAGUUUCCGUCCAAAGAGGCUGCUAGUGGUAUACUGUCAAAAAAAAGCUUAAGUCUGGUGCGAGAAAGAUGCAGUGAGGCAGUUUCGAUGGCGCGUCCCGCGGAGGUCGAACCGGAAGGGGAAGCCCAGAAUGCAAUGCAAGCUUAUAUAAGAGCUCAGGCGGUCUCCGAUAAGUCCGUCGCCGAUUGUGUAGAAGCUCUUAUCGGAACAUACCUUCUCAGCGGUGGUAUACAAGGGGCUGCGCUGUUUCUUGAAUGGAUGAAGAUUUUCCCUCCCCAGGACGAUUUCAUGUCCUACCUUCACAAACCACAAAUGACCAUUUUACAAGAGAAAAAGGUUACAGAAGAAGAGAUCAAUCGUUUGUUGAACCACGAGAGGGACAGCAUUGAAAAAAUUAUCGACUACAAAUUUAAGGAUCCCUCUUUUCUAUUAGAGGCCCUAUCGCACUCAUCCUAUAUACGCAAUCGGUACACGCGUUCCUACGAACGUUUGGAAUUCCUCGGCGAUGCUAUUAUAGAUUUUCUAAUAACCGCCCACAUCUACGAGAACUGCGGGGACCUAAAACCGGGGGAACUUACUGAUCUGAGAUCAUCUCUCGUCAAUAACGUAACCUUCGCUUCGUACGUUGUCAAGUUAGGGUUGCACAAGUUCUUUUGCUCGGACUUGAACCCAACACUAGAUGGCGCUAUAUUAAACUUCGUAGAGCAUCAGGUACAGAGGGAUCAUAAUAUUGAGGAAGACGUGCUCUAUCUUAUAGACGAGGAGGAUUGUCGUGUUGCUGAGUAUAUCGAAGUGCCGAAGGUGCUAAGUGAUAUAUUCGAGUCUUUGGCCGGCGCCAUCUACUUGGACAGUGGUGGUAAUCUAUCGACUGUGUGGCGAGUUGUCUAUCGAAUAAUGUGGCGGGAGAUCGCCGUGUUUUCACAACGCGUACCGAAGCAACCAGUGCGCGUGCUGUCUGAGAAUAUUUACGCAUGCGCAGUCUUUGGCGAAGCGAAAGAAACACCUGACUCAUGUAUCCCAAAAGUUAUGAUACCUGUCACGUUCUCAAAAGACGGCAAGAGGCAUACGACGUACGGCGUUGGAUCUAACAAGUCGCAAGCCAAACGCGCCGCAGCAAAACUUGCACUUAAAAUACUCGCUUUGUAA